UGAAAGGAGAUGAGAUGAAGCCGCUCCUUCACCUCACAUAUUUCCCAUGCUGCCUGUAGAAGCUGCACCCCCGACACAGUUACGGCACAGCAUUUCCAAGCCUGGACUAUCAGGCCUCGGAUGAAAUCUAUGGCGAUGAAUGUCUCCUCCGCUCUCUUCUUCUCGCCUUUUCUUGUCCCAACUAGAAGAGAUCCUCGGCUGCGAGCGUUCAACCCUACGGCAUCAUCGAGUUCAAUCUCCCGCAAGGAAGAUGUCGUCAUUGUCGGCGGUGGCAUCGCUGGCCUCGCCACCGCUCUUUCUCUCCACAGGCUUGGCGUCCCAUCACUGGUGCUUGAGCAAGGGGAUUCGCUUCGAGCGGGGGGGACGUCAUUGACGCUGUUUAAGAAUGGGUGGCGUGUUCUGGAUGCGAUCGGCGUAGGGGAUGAGCUUAGGAUUAGAUUUAUCGAGAUUGAGGGCCUUGUGAUGAGAUCAGUGGAUGGGAGAGAACUCCGGUCGUUCUCAUUUAAGGAAGAAGCACCAGGACAAGAAGUCCGUGCGGUUGAGAGGAAACUGUUGUUGGAGACCCUUUCAAGUAAGCUUCCUCUGAAUUCUAUCUCAUACUCGUCUAGGGUUAAAGCUAUCAAAAAGCAAGGAUCAGGCGAGACACUUUUAGAGCUUGAUGAUGGCACUCAAUUGCUUGCCAAGGUUGAUAACACAAAAUUGCCCUUUCCUCUUUACUGACAAGUAAAUGUGCAAUUUACUUAAUCUCCUUAUAUGUUAGCGUGCCAUGAGAAAAUGAUACAACUGAACAUCUAGAGUACUUCAGAGAACAUUUUUUUUCUAAAAUGUUAUCCCAUUUGUUUUGUUAUAGUCAAUUGAGUGCUGCUUUUUUUGGCUA